AUGGAGGGGAGUCACGUCACCCUGGAAGCAGUUCUACAUGGACCGUCAGCCUCACUUAUAGUAGGGAUUAUGGUGUUGUUAUGAUCGUUAUUAUAAUCAGUGUGCCCAACAGGUGAUGUUUAAUAAAUGAAUUCAUGGCGGAUAUUAUAAACCCAGAGAAUGAAGAAGAUCUACAGGCUCAAAUCGAAGAGGUCGAGGCUUUGUCUUCUAUCUAUGGAGAUGAGUGGUGUGUGAUAGACGAAGCGUCCAGAAUAUUUUGCAUCAAAAUAUCCAGCGACGCAGAGGAGCAGAAACUGACUGCAUGCUUGCAGAUUAUUCUUCCACCUGAUUAUCCAAGCGCAGCCCCGCCCAUCUAUCAGAUCAAUGCAGCGUGGUUGCGAGGCUCCGAGAGGGCCAAAUUGGCAAACAGCCUGGAAGACAUCUACGUGGAGCAUGCGGGGGAGAGCAUCCUCUACCUGUGGGUGGAGAGAAUCAGAGACUUUCUGGUGGAGAAGUCCCACUGUUCAGAAUCAGUCGUCCAACAAGAAGAAGUGAACAGAACCGCCGAGGAGGAAGUGGAAGAUGAUGAAGAUGCGCCUGAUUUCAGCAUUCUCGGGGUAGAAAAGGCGCACCUCUUCGUGGAUCAGCCAAACGACGAAGAGAUGCCUCCGGUAAAACACGGAAGCCCCAUCACAGACCGACGCAGUACCUUCCAGCCCCAUUUGGCACCUGUGGUCACUCCACGGCAGGUCAAAAUGGUGCUGGAGAAACUUUAUGAAAACAAGAAGAUUGCCAGUGCCACUCAUAAUAUUUAUGCCUACAGGAUCUACUGCGAGGACAAGCACAGCUUCCUGCAGGACUGCGAGGACGACGGCGAGACAGCCGCGGGGGGGAGAUUGCUUCAUUUGCUGCAGAUCCUGGAUGUGAGGAAUGUCAUGGUGGUCGUGUCCCGGUGGUACGGAGGCAUUUUGUUGGGUCCCGACCGUUUCAAGCACAUCAACAACUGCGCCAGAAACAUCCUGAUGGAGGAGGGAUAUCUUACCUCCACGGAUGAGGCCUGCAAGUCGGGAGCAAAGACCAAGAGACCAAAAGGCAAGAAGGCGAAGUGAAGUUCGGCAGGAUAAGGAUCCAGAGGAAGGAUUUGUUUGUUUCUUAAAUAAAUGAAACGCCUCGUUUUAGGUGACUUGGCCUUGUCAAAAAAAAUCGUCACCUUGAUAUGUUUUAUUUCUAUUCCAGAUAAUUUAUUUAGAGUGCCUUUCAAAGGUGUUUGAAUAGCCUUGAAUGUCACACAUUUUCACAUUACAACCUAAACUUCAAUGGUUUGGAUUGGAGAUGCAUAUGUUAGAGCAGCAGAGGUGGGUUAAUUAUGCUUCAGAAAGUAAAGACCCUGCCUAGAUUUCCUGCUUCCUGUUCCCUUAACCACAGCAUUUGAAAUCAGUGGUCUCAAACUCAAAUCCUCGAGUGUCCUGCCAGUUUUACUACAUGUGUCCCUCGCCCUGCACAGCUGAAUCGAAUCUCCGUUCAGCCGUGAGCUUGGGACCGCUGGUUUAAGCACUCGUCCCUGUCUACGCUGUAGACAGUGGAAAUGAAGUGCUGAAAACUCUAUACAGAGUUUACGACUAAUCUCUGUAUAGAGUUUUUAUUAACUGAACCUGGAUUACCCACCCCUGCACAGGUUAGAAGUCCCAUCACUUCUAACCUGCUUCCCUGUCCUGGCCAUAGAUGCAUAUCCCCACAGCAUGAUGCUUCCACAGAUGUAUUUCAUGGUGGGAAUGGCGUGGAUGUUCUGGGGUAUAUGAAGUAUUUUCUGCAGCACAAAACGUUUUUUGUUUUCCAUGCAGGCCAGAAAAUGUAGUUUUUUUUUUCUUAUUUGAACAUGAAACUUGCAAGAGUUGUCCUAUGCAAACUCAAGAGGAACAGGAAAGAAUAUAUAUCUUUCACUCGAGGUGGCAAGAAGGAGGAAAGCAGUUAUUUCUGUUGAUUUUUAAGGGUCGUUGGUUGUAAUUGAUUUUAUUUAAGGGUAUCAGAGUAAAGAGGGUUGUGGCAAGUUUUUACAUUUUUAUUUGCCUUUUACAAAAAUUGAGAACCAUCCAACAUCUUCCUUCCACUUCACAGCUGUGCAUGACUUCAUGCUGGUCGAUCACAUGAAAUCCCGGUAAAAUAGGCGGAAGUUUCUGGUUGUAAUGUGACGACGUAAAAAAAGAUCCUAUAUUUGUAUGGCGCUUUAGCCUCUAAGUCUACAAUACAUCGAAGCGUAUAUUUGUUUAUCUGAGAAGUCUUCAAUGAAGUCUUUACAGCUGAACGUGUUUCAUUAAAAGAGACUUUGCCAUUUACA